GCAGUCGGAACCAGUUUCAGCUGGACAUAAGCUGUACGUUUUAUGGUGUUGCAAUGGUCUGACACAGAUAACAAGCUCCACGCGGUCAUCAGGAGGGGUCCAGUCGGAGAGAGACCAGACUCUCAUUCUGACAGACGCAAGAAGAGUUCUUCGGGGGAACCAGACACAGAGAUGGCCAAACCAGUGAGACGACACCACUGCUCCCAGUGUAGUUUGAGUUUUAAGUGGUUAUGGAAGCUUAUACAGCAUGAGGGGACACACACAUGGGAGAAACCACACCCCUGCUCCCAGUGUGGAAAGAGAUUUACCCUGUUAGGGAACCUGAAAAAGCAUAAAGGAAUACACACAGGAGAAAAGCCUUUCCAAUGUUCCCAGUGUGGAAAGAGAUUUUCACGAUCAGAGCACCUAAAAUCACAUGGUAGGACACACACUGGGGAGAAACCACACCACUGCUCCCAGUGUGGAAAGAGAUUUACCCAGUUAGGGGAGCCUGAAAAAGCAUAAAGGAAUACACACAGGAGAAAAGCCUUUCCAAUGUUCCCAGUGUGGAAAGAGAUUUUCA